UUUUUUCAAAGCAAAAAUGCCGUAUAAAGUUAAAAGAGAACCAAACUCACCAAAAAAUGGAGGAGGAGAUAUUGACGAAGGAGAGGAUUUGGUUUUAGACUUUGUUGAGGAAGCGGGGGACGAAUUGGAAGAAGCCGACAGAAUUCCAAGUCCCCGUUCAAUGUCGGCGCCACACUCUCCGGAUGCGAGGGAGGAGGUUUUGCAGGCUGAUGCGGAAGAGGAUUCGAGCGAGAAUGGAAAGAAGAUGAAGAAUAAUAAGCAAAUGGGACCUAAAACUCCGCCGGGAAAUGAGGAGGAAGAUGAGGAUAAAAUGGAUGAUACGAAGAGUGACGGUCAUGAUGACAGUUUGUCCGAUUUAAACGAUUCUCGCGAUCGAAAGAGACGAAGGAGGUCUUCAAGUACUUCUUCACGUUCACGUUCGAGAUCUUCACGAUCACGAAGUUCUCGUUCACGUCGAAGCAGCAAUAGUUCUGAUGGGGAUAGAUCUCCUCCACAAAAGUAUCGACAAACACGCAGACGUGAUAGGGAUGAUGAUUAUGUGUCUGUAGAAGAACGUUUACGUCAGAAUAGAAAAGCUCGACUUGUUCGUUUAAGAGAUGCUCGUUCCCGCCAUCUUGGUUACACUUAUGUUCCACGUAUGGGAGGAAAACCUGGAUUUCCCCCGCAACCUUACUUCAAAAAUCCUUCAUAUUAUCCAACCGACGAUUCACGUGACAACAAAACAAAGAAAACUCCAAACCCGCCUCCAUUAGCCCAAAAAAUUGAGCCGUUGCCUGGUGGGCGUUUACCUCUAGUUCAGCGACGCUCUUCACCGGCACCUUUUGAUAGAAGCUCAUCUUCUGGUGGUGGAAGACGCUCUCCUGGAAGUGGAGGAAGACGUUCUUCACGUUCACCAACACCAACUUAUCAUCGUUCUGGUGCUCCUCCGAGACGUGUUGCUAGAGGAAUUGUUGAAGAAGUUUUUACUGUACGGGCUUCUGGACGAUCAUCACCAACUUCCCACCACCAUUAUAGCAGUAGUGGAAGUACUCGACGUUCUUCACCACGUUCACCACAACCUUUAAAUCGUUAUAAUCCUUCUAAUUAUUAUCGACGUUCAUCAACCUCAACAUAUAUUAAAAACAAUUUGGGACCCCAAACUUUGUAUCCUUCAAGAAGAAAUCCUUAUCCUCCUCCAAAAUAUGAAAGAGGUUGGGGUGGAAAUUAUAGAGGUGGAGGAGGAAGAAGUUAUUACAAUAAUGUAGGAAAUUAUAGAGGAAGUGGAGGAAGUUCUUCUUCAUAUCGUGAACGACGAGGAGGCGAUUCCAAUGGUGGCAAUUACAUCUUUACUGGAUCUAAAUAUGUGGAGCGUCCUUGGAUUCCUCCACCGCCUCCUGGAAAGAAGUGGAAUUGUCCGAGACGGGAUGAACCAUACGUUCCAUCAAGAAAAUGUCCAAAGCGCGAUGAUGACAAGGAUGAUGGAGACGAUUCAUCUUCAUAA